AUGAAGUGGCAGCUCUUGAUAACCCACCUGUCCAUUGCCUUGGCCAGUCCGCCGAAGCCUUUGGUUUCACCGGAUAAACUUACCUCUCUGAUCCGACUGGAAGACCUCUUGCAUGGAUCCCAACAACUUGAGGACAUUGCUUAUUCGUAUCCCGAGCGGAACCGUGUCUUUGGUAGCAAAGCACACAACGAUACCGUUGACUUCAUCUAUCGCGAAUUGAAGAAAACCGGCUACUACAAUGUGUACAAGCAGCCCCAGGUGCACACAUGGAGCAAGGCAGACGCCACUCUGAGCGCCGACGGCGAGACCAUUGACGUGGCCAGCAUGACAUACAGUCCCAGCGUCGACGUGACUGCAGAGCUGGGAGUGGUCGCAAACCUCGGAUGCGAUGCAUCGGAUUACCCCGCUGACUUGGCUGGUAAAGUCGCCCUCAUCAAGCGCGGAGAGUGUGAUUUCGCGCAAAAGUCGGUCUUCGCUGCUGCGGCCAAUGCAGCUGCUGCCAUUGUUUACAAUAACGAAGGCGGGGCUCUGAGCGGAACGCUCGGUGGUGUGACUAGUCCGCUUGGCCCUUAUGCCGCCAUUGCGGGCAUCUCUUCAUCCGACGGCGAAGCCCUACUCACUGCGGCACAGAAGGCUGCAGUGACUGUGGAUCUCAACAUCGACAGCAGAAUCGAGAACCGUACUACAUUCAACGUGAUCGCAGAGACCAAGGGCGGUGAUCACAACAAUGUCGUCUCUCUCGGAGGUCACACCGACUCAGUCGAUGCCGGCCCAGGUAUCAACGACGAUGGCUCUGGAAUCAUCAGCAACCUUGUUGUCGCCAAAGCCUUGACCCGAUUCUCUGUCAAGAACGCCGUGAGGUUCUGCUUCUGGACUGCGGAGGAGUUCGGCCUCCUCGGCAGCGAGUACUACACCUCGCACCUGAGCGAGCGUGAGCUCGAGAAGAUCAGACUUUAUCUCAACUUUGAUAUGAUCGCCUCGCCCAACUAUGCCCUUAUGAUCUACGAUGGUGAUGGAAGCGCCUUCAACCAGACCGGACCCGAUGGAUCGGCCCAGAUCGAGGCUCUCUUCGAGAAAUACUACAAAUCCAAGAAGCUCCCGUAUAUCCCCACUGCGUUCGAUGGCCGCUCCGACUACGACGGUUUCAUUUCCCGUGGUAUUCCCGCCGGUGGGCUCUUCACUGGUGCUGAAGGCAUCAUGACUGAGGAGGAGGCCAAGUUGUUCGGAGGCAAAGCGGGUGAGGCUUACGAUGUGAACUAUCAUGCUGCUGGAGAUGACAUGACCAACCUCAACCACGAGGCAUACUUGAUCAACUCGCGGGCUACGGCUUAUGCCGUUGCGACUUAUGCCAAGAGCCUCGCUCAUUUCCCGAAGCGGGCUAAGGCACACCCGAAGCCCCCUAAGUUCGCGUACAGGAAGGGCGCUCACAAGUCCCACGCUCACACCAAAACCAAGGGAUGCUGGCACUCUCUGGUUGAGAUGUAA